AUGCACCGCGGGACCAGACGACCGUGCUCUUUAAGGUGGAGGAAUGUGCUGGCGGCAGCAGGAGGCGGAGAUCGGCGGUGGGUGGCGGGGACCGGCUUGUGUAUGACGAUGAUGUGUGUGUUUUGUUUCUAUGUUAGAGAGAACGGGGCGUGGGGUGGGAUAGGGUUAGCUGCUAGGUAUGCACUUCCGGCCAUCUCCAUCAUACCAAAUGCAGCUAGGUUUGUUUUCAUGGAUGCCAAGAAAUUCAUGCAGCUGGUGGAGGAGAAGAAGAAGAGAGUCCUGGCCAAGAAGGAAGCCCCAUUGAUAUGGGAACAGAAGCUUGAAGCUGCUGCUAAAGCAAAAGCCGAUGCCGAAGCCAAGGAGAAAAGGUCGAAAUCUGCCAAACUCAAGAGAAGGUCGCAAUCACCAUCUGAUUCCGAUACCGACAGCCACGAGAAGCGGACAAAAAAAUCUCACAAGAGGAUAAAAGACAAGAAAUCAAAGCAUAAGCCAAAGAGACGAUCGUCAGGUUCAAGCUCCUCGGAUUAUUACUCGAGCGACAGUGACGAAGAUGAUUAUAAAGGUGUGAGGAGAAAUAAGCACCAUCGGCGUUGGCACUCGAGCCAUUCGGACUCAUCAAGUGAUGAUGAAAAUGAAAAGAGAGAGAUAAGGCGUAAGAAACAUCACCGCAAGCAUCACAAGAAGUCGGACUCGGAUUCUUCUUCAACUGAUGACGAGUCUGAGCAAAGGAGGCACCGCAUAAAGCGCCACAAGCAUCAUCAUCAUCAUCAUCAUAAUGACAGAAGGUCUCAUAGUCAUGACACGUCGGGUUCGGAUGAUGAUAGAAAAUAG